AUGAAGUGGUUUGCUGGGUCUGUAAGCACAGCAGUCCAAGUAUCGCGAAAGAAUAAUGCUCUACUAAUUGUAUUCAUUGAAAGCAAAAAUGGCAAAGGAGAGAAGAUGCGAGAGCUGUGGGACAUGAUCGAGCCUUCUCUUUUCGAAUGUCCAUUUGUUGGUAUUCAUUUGAUGGAAGGAGACGAAGCCGCAAAACAGUUCGCUCAAAUUUACCCGACUCCAGUGUUACCUGCUUCUUAUUUCAUCGAUAAUUUGGGAAAGCCAAUUGAAGUAAUCACUUUGCUCAAGGAUCUUGAUUACGACGAGUUCUUCUUGAAAAUAAGUAACUCCGUAAAGGCCUUCACUGCUGCCGUCAAAGCAUCACCUACCGAAAACAGUACGAGUCAACAAUCCGUUGCUGCCCCAUCGCACGAGAUGACCCCUACUUCCUCGUCUCCUCCACCCUCGUCUGCUGCUUUAGAAGAAAAAAUCCAAAGAGCGAAAAUGUUGCUUGAGCAGAAAAAGAAGGCAGAUGAAGAGGCAAAACGAGAAGAAGAAAAGCGUCGUGAACUGGAAAGAAUCAAUACUGGAAAACUUAUGCAAGAAGCACAGCAGAAGCGCCAUGAGCAGGCUGCAGCUCAACGCCGUCGCGAUAAAAUAGAGGCAGAAAAGGAGCGUAAGCGACUCAUUGCCCAGAUCAAGGCAGAUCGUGAAGAACGCGAAUUUCGAGAACGUCGGGGAAGACCUAUGAAACCGAGCACCGAAGAUGUGCCAACACAACCGGAAGCCCCAAAGAUGGAGCCGAUCCCUACUGAUAGGUGUCGAGUUCAAGUUCGGCUUCCAGAUGGCGAUAACAUUGUAGAGGAAUUUGCAUCCAGCGAUUGUCUCAGUAUCUUGGUGGAUCUUAUAAGACAGGAUGGACGUGUAAGCGGUGCAUUUUCCAUUGCGCAGGUUUAUCCUCGAAAAGUAUUCACUGGUGAUGACUUACAAAGAACGUUUCUUGAUUUGUGUUUGACGCCCAGUUGCACUCUUCUCAUUAUUCAGACGAAAGGACGAUCAUCGCAGAUUAUGUCUGCUAAUCCUUUACGAGGAAUUCUCUCAUUAUUUUCUAUGUUAAUUCUCGCGCCAGUACAGUACAUCUACAACCUAGUCACAGGAUGGCUUGGAUGGAGUUCAGGCUCUGGAGCUUCGGAUCGUGUAAGGCAAGAUGAGGUGAAACGUCCUCGUGAACCACGCGCUACCGGAGCGACUAUUCGUCGAGUAAGUUAG